GUGCGAUUUAGGAGUGUCGAGACACGUUGGGGGAAUGGAACUAUUUAGCUCCAGUCGCAUGCGCCACAAUAACCAAAUUGGAAACAAAGUGGCGGUGGAGAGAUCUGGACUUGGGGGAUAUGAACCGGCGUUCUACAAGAUUGGAUCCAUCUCUGUUUGGCUAUUUCCUUGUAGAAAUAUAGAUUCUUCUAAUUGAAUAAAAUCCAAAUUCCGGCAGCUUACGUUCUCCAGAGCUGGUUACAUGGCUAUCUGGUCAACCGUUAUAAUCACUUACGGC